AUGGGUAGCGGUGGAUCUAAACGCGGUGGUCCAGCAGGAUCGAAGAAAAAGAAAGCGAAAAAGGGCAAGAAGGUCGUGCAACCCGUGGCGGCUCCACCGGAGGAGACGACGGUUACAGUUGAUGUCCUAGUCGACAACGGAGCCACUGCGGCCGCCGAGAACGGUACCAUACAGAACGAAAAGACUGCAGCAGGAGAAAACGGAGCCACCGCCGGAGAGAAAGACGGUGCGACUACUGCCGCAACCACGUUGACUGUGGAUCCCCCGCCCGUCACGCUGCGACAAAAGAAUCCGCAGUCUUCCGCACGCGCAGCCAAUCGCACGUCUUUCUACGAGACGGUGGACGCUGCAGAGGUACUCCCGCACCUGGUGAUGGGUAACUUGGCCAGUGCCAGAAACACCGGCUUCUUGCGAGGGAAACACGUGGCGUUCGUCCUCGACUUGACGACUGACGGAGAGGUGCCGGCCGGCAAUAAGUCGGGGCCCUUUCUCAAAGACAUGGGCAUCCAACAUUUUCACGUGGGAAUAGAAGACGACGAGGACGAGGAGAUAUCUGGACACUUUGACACUUGUUUCGAGUUCAUCAACAAAGCCAGUAAGACGAAGGCAGAAAACGCGACUGAGGGAAGGAAGAGACACUCUGCCCCAGGGACACAUAAGACAGUUCUAGUCCACUCCAACUACGGGUUGUCGCGUACCUCGGCCAUUGUGCUUGCCUACCUCAUGAGGGAGAAGCAGUGGUCGCUCAGGGAGGCACAUGAGCACUUGCAGAAGUGUCAUGCUGCGGCCAAACCCAACGACGGAUUCGUGGUUCAGCUGCUGCGCUACGAACAGGAGCUCCAAGGCACCAUGUCCAUGACUCUCAAAGAUUUCUACAAACACCCUUGACACUACUGAUGAUGAGGAGAUGAUCGAGGGGUAAUUGUUAUAUCUACCGUAUAAUUCAAUGCCUUCGUUACAGGAAGGAAUCAUUAACAAACAAGAUCUAUUUCGAGAGGUAACAGGGAUAUAUUGAUUUUUGAUUUCGACACCCGACAAUCGUUAUUGCACAACAGUCGUACUCCCACUUUAUUCCAAUAACACUAGAAUGUAAUACACUCUACACCAGUUACUGCACAGGCCGACUGUCACCUGCCAAUGAUAUAAUAUAAGUGAUCAUAUAUACCCACUC